AUGGCCGCGACGACGGAAGGUCAGGCUGAUGUGAUCGAGUAUGCCUCCUCCUCCUUCGCCCACGGGAAUGAGCUGGAGGGUUUGAGGCGGGAAUUCACGCGGACGCCGAGACCGUAUCUGUAUUCGCAUGAGGGGGAGAGAGGCGAAGAUAAAGGGGAAGGGGAAGAGAAGGAGGCCGGUGGUAGUAGCAGUGGUGGAGAAAGCGAGGAGGAAAAGAGCAGUAGUCAGAGCGGGACGGAAGCGGACGACGAACGACCCUAUGCGCAUUCUUUCGUGAAAGCCUUGCCGCCUUCCUCCGCGCGGCCGCGGAAGGGGUUGAAGACGGGGGAGGAGAGGGAGGAGGUGUUGUUGACGCCUAGUCAGUUGGACGAGAAGGAGAGGAAGGUGCAGGGGUAUUUUGAGUUUGAGAAAGAGGACGAGGAAGAGGACGAGCAGAGGCAAGAGAGGGAAGAAGUCAGGAGGAGGCGGUAUGGCGAGUUUGUCAGGAGGACGAGCGAGGUUGCUCUCAUGGGGUUGAUACUGGUCAUUGUGCUCUGCGGGAAGGGAGUCGGACAGACGGCGUGGUUCUGGAAGCGAGAACUGCUGUGUCAUUUUGGGACGAUUGCCUUGCUGGUCCUGGCUUAUCCCAUCAAGCUGUCGAUUGUGGACACGCAGGCGCCCCAUACGAAACUCUCGCAGAGGUUCAGAGUUCCCGCUUCGUUUGAUCCGGCUACGGUUCUCUAUCCUCCCCUACUGCCAGUGCUGGUCGCUCUCUCCGUGGCGCCGGCGAAUCCGGCGGUCAUCUUACCGAAUUUGAUCCUGGGACUGGCGAGUCUGCCGCAGAGAUUGUUCCCCAGGUCGAGUCGCUUGGGCCAGAUCAAUACGGUUCAUUGGCUCGUUUCGAUUCUCCCCUUGAUCGUGGCGGAGAAUACGGCUUGGCCGAGUAAGCUGCAUCCCGCAAUACCGUAUUUUCUGAAAGCGCCGCAAGGGUUGUCGCCGGAGACCUUGGUGAGCCUCUACCCGCUCCAUCACGCGUUAAUGGUGCCGCUGCACUAUUUGACCACGACGAGCUUGUUGAUUUCGGAGCUGCAUCUACUCUCCGCCGCGCUGAUCAACUUGCUACUGCUUGCGGAAUCCCCUCAGGCCGUAAUCCUCAAAGCGUGUCUCUGGGUUGGAGGCGUCUCGCUCUUCGUAAUCUGUGGCCCGGUGCUACAUUGGAAUGUCCAAUUAGCGAGGAUCCCGAGAUGGAAACUGAGACGGCCAGGACAUACUGCUGAGGAGCGUAAGUCGCUCGUCGACGCGGUCUCGGAUCUCAUCAGUCUGCAGAGAGCUGCUGGUGCUUUCACUUCUUCUGGGGGAGUGGAGAGCGAUGCGGAUGAGGAUCUGCCGAGCAGGUCGAUCAAGCAUAAGUCUGCUAAAUCUGCGAACGGGAUGCCGAAGCUUAAUAUGGCGGGUCUGAAUUUGAAUGGAUCUGGACCGCGCACUGCUCUCGAACGCAGCGCUACGGUCUCUACUCAGAGAGUCGUCUCGACUGUGAAUGUCCCUCCGAGUCCGAGGAGGAGACGCAAUACGGUCCCCGGGCUGGAAUCGCGGGAAGAACCAAAAUCUCAACGGCCUGCUAGCAACAGACGCAAGACGAAAAAUUCGAGCCUGCUUUGGUGUUUGCAACUCACGCCGGAGCAAGCGCUGAAGAGGAAGUGGUACUAUGCGAGCUUUACGUAUCUCAUGAUCUGGAAUAUCAUCAUCGGUCCCGUGCAAUGGUAUGUUUCGGACCGGGCGUUUCUGCGUCGGCAGAACCCCGUUGGAUGGGCUGCUGGUUAUCUACUGGGACAGAUUCCCUGGGCGCGAGGACUGGUGCUACAAUCGGAUCUUCUCAAGAAAUGGGUCCCUCUGCCACCUCUCCCGGACUGGAGCAACCUUACCGCGACCCUGCCAGUCGACAUGGACGUACUACGAAACGAAAUUGGACGAUCGAAUACCCGCCUUCUCCUCAUCGUAUACUGGAUUGCAGUCCUGAUCGCGGGUCUCCUGGCGGUGUUCUCCCUCACGGCUUUCGUGGAAGUGGAUACCCGCCGGAAAGUGUUCCAUGGCGUUAUGGUCGCCAUGUUUGUGCCCACCGUCUUCAUCGACCCUUGCUACUGCUCCCUCGCCCUCUCCCUCGUUCUCGCCAUCUUCCUCCUCCUCGAGGUCAUCCGCGCAGGACAGGUCCCACCCCUGGGAAACGCGAUCGGCCGCUUCGUCGCCCCCUACGUCGACGGAAGGGACCUGCGAGGCCCCGUCGUCGUCAGCCACGUCUUCCUGCUCAUCGGCUGCGCCGUCCCGCUCUGGUUCUCCCUGGCCAGCAUGCCUCGCACCGCCGGCGAUUCCCCCUGGGGCGAAUGGGAAUUGGCCGGCAACGAGCGGGAAAUCGCCAUGGUGGCCGGCGUCAUCUGCGUCGGCAUGGGCGACGCGGCGGCCUCGCUCAUCGGGCGCCGCUACGGGCGCCGGAAAUGGCUCUGGGUGGGCGGCAAGAGUCUGGAAGGGAGUGCGGCUUUUGCGCUCGCCGUCACGGUGGGCUUGCUCGCGGCUAAAGGGUGGGAAGGUUUGGGUUGUUGGAAUAACAACAACAGCAACAAUAACAGCGACAGGAUCACAGGGGUGGUGGCGUUUUGGGGUUGGGGGUGGAGUGUUGUUGUUUUGGGCAAGGCCGCGGUUUGUGCGUGUGUGGCCAGUUUCCUCGAGGCUGUUCUUACGGGGGCGAAUGAUAACGUUGUGGUUCCCGUUGCGCUGUGGUUGGUUGUGAGGGGGGUGAGACUUUAG